CCACUAGGAAAACCGCGCAGUCGCUUUCUUAAAACGUUCGAGGGCUGGUCAAGGGCUGCUGUUGCUGCUGGUUGCGAACACCCGAACAUAAAAACCCAAACGUUCGUUAGCCGCCGAAAAGAAAGCAAAAUGUUCGCCAAUAUACCGCGUUGUUGCAUAUCUAGAGGAACGUUUCAACAGUUCUGCAAGAAAACCCGUCUGUUAGGAAACAAUGAAACGACAUCGAAUUUCGACAUUGAAAAACGUGAUGUAUCCCAAGUAACAGGCGACAUCGUCUCACCUGGUACCGUAAUGGGAAUUGAACAUCUUCGCGACCCCCGUUUAAACAAAGGACUCGCCUUUACGUUGGAGGAGAGACAAGCGUUGGGAAUCCACGGUCUUCAACCACCACGCAUUAAAACCCAGGAAGAGCAGUUGGAACUGUGUCGGAUAUCGGUCGAAAGAUAUCAGGAAGACUUAAAUAAGUAUCUUUACCUUACCGAACUUGCCGAUCGUAACGAAAAACUUUUCUUUCGUUUAUUGAGCGAAAAUGUUGACAAAUUAAUGCCAAUUGUUUAUACACCAACAGUUGGGUUGGCUUGCCAAAAGUUUGGAUUAAUUUAUCGACGUCCCAGAGGGUUAUUUAUCACACUAAAUGAUAAAGGACAUAUUUUUGAUGUUAUGAAAAAUUGGCCUGAACCUAACGUAAGAGCCAUCGUUGUCACCGAUGGUGAACGUAUUCUUGGUCUUGGUGACUUGGGAGCAUGCGGAAUGGGUAUUCCCGUUGGGAAAUUAUCUUUAUACACCGCUUUAGCAGGAAUUAAACCCCAUCAAUGUUUACCAAUACUAUUAGAUGUUGGUACAAACAAUAAGACUCUCUUAGAAGAUCCGUUAUACAUAGGACUUCGUCAACCCCGUGCGAAAGGAGAAUGUUACGAUGAGUUUAUCGAUGAAUUUAUGGAGGCGUGCGUAAAACGUUACGGUCAAAACGUACUAAUUCAAUUCGAAGAUUUUGGAAAUCACAACGCUUUCCGUUUCCUCGACAAAUACAAAUCGAGAUAUUGCACUUUUAACGAUGACAUUCAAGGAACGGCAAGUGUUGCCGUAGCCGGAUUGUUAGCAUCACAACGUGUGACGAAGAAAUCAAUUGGGGAAUACAAAUUCCUUUUCUUAGGAGCCGGUGAAGCGGCAAUUGGGAUUGCGAAUUUGACGUGUCGAGCGAUGAGAAAACAUGGGCUGUCCGUUCAAGAAGCUCGCGAUAGAAUUUGGAUGUUUGAUAUUGAUGGUUUAUUGGCUAAAGGUCGCCCGGAAGGGAAAUUGGAUGGUCACAAAGCGCAUUAUGCUAAAGAGCAUGCUCCGUCUAAAAGCUUAGAAGAGAUCGUUGACGAACAAAAACCUUCGGUUAUUAUUGGAGCUGCCGCUGCUCCGGGAGCUUUUACCCCUCAAAUUUUACAAAAAAUGGGGAAAUAUAAUGAAAGACCUAUUAUUUUCGCUUUAAGUAAUCCUACACACAAAGCUGAAUGUACGUCGGAACAAGCUUACACCAACACCGAUGGGAGAUGUAUUUUUUCAAGCGGUUCUCCGUUCCCUCCUGUUCAAUAUAAAGGAAAAACUUAUAGACCCGGUCAAGGAAAUAACGCAUAUAUCUUCCCGGGUGUUGCUUUGGGUGUUAUUUUAUCGGGAAUUCAUCACAUUCAAAAUGAAAUAUUUUUAUUGGCAUCAGAAUCAGUAGCAGAUUGCGUUACUGAUGAGUCUCUUGAAUUAGGCAGCUUAUAUCCACCGCUAAAGAGUGUUAAAGAUGUUUCGAUAGAUAUUGCAGCUAAAUUAAUCCAAUAUGCAUAUGAUAAAGGUAUUGCAUCAGUUUAUCCCGAACCUGUAGAUAAAAGAGCUUUCAUUGAAAGCAAAAUGUAUAAUUUCAACUAUAAAAAUGCGUUGCCGAAUCAAUGGUGUUGGCCAGAACCUGAACCCAUCAAAACCAGACCAUUAGAACCCACGCAACUUGGCGCUAAGUAAUAAUUUUUAUUGAUUUAAAAACGACUUAAAUAACAAACUUAAAGAACUCAAUAACGUUAUUUGUUAAGAAAAAUAAGCAAUUUUAUAUUAUGUGAUUAUUAUCGUCACUUGUUGCUCUGUUAACUCCUAUUUUAAUUUAUUCUCGUUCGUUAUUUAUUUAGAAAAUUAAUGUUAUUUCUCCAGAUAUCGAAAAUCGACCGAUUUUAAUUCCAUUUUAACUAAUAUCAUGUCGAUAACACUUUUUUAGAGGAGAAACUCGAUUUGAUGAACGUAAGCAGCAUACUGAUUGAAACACCAUUUAAAUUGAGAUUGGCAGUAACCCGACGACGAACCCUAGUAUAAUUUAUUUAUUCUAUUUUUUAAAAUCGUACAUAAAUGCAUGAAAUCGUUUUAAAAGUGAAGUCGAAGCAGUA